AUGCCGCAUUCUGACGUGGCAGCCACGACAGCGACAAUGGCUGCACAGCUCCCUCGUCCUGCGGCUCACUUGAAUGGCCGCGCCAUGGACUCGGACGCGCGUGCCGUCCCGCGCUCUUUCAAACGGCACAAAGCGUUACCUCAUCCUGAAGGCUUCCACCUGGCCUCUGCGGAAAUGCUUGGGCAUCCUGUAGAUGGAAGCGAAUCUGCGCGACAGUCAUCAUCUUCCUCUUUCACUCACGAUGCUGCCAGUGACCGGCUGAGCGGCGGCGAGCUUCCUCCAACCCCACCCGGCUAUUCGCGCACUUCUUCUAGUGGCAGCUCUGCGCUGCCUUCGAGCCCAACUUACGUAGCAAGCCCGGCGCAGAGUAACACCAGUGUCGUGGUGAGGUCGUCGGGAACACCACCGAACCAGAAAAGCCCACCGACACCGGACGUCACGCCUCCUGCUCGUGAACGCCGUCCUAAAGCCGUGCGCCCGUCCCUGAUCGACCGGUUCCCUUCAAAAGCGACGACAGACUCGCGCGCUGGCUCGCGCCUCGCUUGCUUGCGAAGUGCCCCAGAGAAUGACACGCCCCGCCGCAUCAGUCUUUUCAGGGCGCUCUCGCUGUCCCGAAAUAUUCGAAGGGACACGGCGGAGAACCCAGAACUCGCUAAAGGGCGACGUUCUUCUAGGUCACAGUACCCUACAGCUGAGGACCCGCCGGAAGACGACACCAGGUUGCACCCUUUUUGGCGACCAGCCUCUCAGGAAGGGUCUGACGACGACAGCGGCUCGGAGGAAUGGAGUCACGAUUUCCCUGAUGAUGUAGACCAGGUCUAUAUAUACCCGGCUGUGUACAGUCGACCUCCGCCUCGCCGCAGAGACAGUCUGACCGCACGCCUAAAGAACACGUUCGCCAUCCUUCCGAUCGACGACGACAGGCACUAUACCUCGGACGAGCCACGUGACACCGACCGGAGGACUAUCAAGCGGACUCCGAGUGGCAAUCUGCGGGUGAUGCGCUAUCCUGACAACCAUCAACACGAGUCUCCACCUGAAUCACGCGGCCUUUCUCGACGAUGGUCGUUGAGCUCGAAGAGUCGCGAUCGACCUUCAACGGCUCCUGACCGUCCGGAGCCGAAAGCGUGGGGUCCCGAGAAACAGGUUGACGACCGUGGCCGUCGCGUAUUUCCUGGCUGGCAGGACAAGCUCGAGCAGAUGCGGCCAGGCAAUUUGCAACGUCGGCUGAGCGAACACCGCCGUCAGAAGCGUACCGAUGCCCUGAGACAGAAGAUCAGCGGCCCUCGGGAGGUCAGGGAUGGGGUUGGCGAAAUGAUCAAGCGGGGUAGUUACAGAGCUGCGCCUGGACAGUGGUCGCAGGAGCAGUCUCCGCCGGAGACGAAUGAAGCGUACAACUAUCCGAGAAGGGAUGAAGUCUGGGACGGGCGGCGGAUCUGAGCUUGACGCGGCGGGCAAGGGGUGAACGUAGAGUGCCUCGCACAUGAGGAUGGAAGGUGCCGGACAUGCGUAGAGAAGGGGGAUCCCCGUUGUUGUUGUUGUUGUUUUCUGCUUGCAUCACGGCAAGUAUUUGGUCACGACGUUUAUGAGACAACGACAGUUUUGUUACGAACCAUUUGCUUUCAACCCCGAUGGGAAAAGAUAUCUUUGCUUCAGAUCAAUGUGUUUUUGGGAGCAGUUUACAUUGUAAAAAUUCUCUUCGGAUGCACGCUAUUCAGAUCGCCGCUUCUGUUGAUUUGGCAUGCUUGUUCAGCUCUUGCGAAAGAUAUUCUCACGAUUUAAUGACUACAUGAUUUUAGAGGACGGAAAAAGGGACUCGGAAUUGAGACUAAGCGAGACGGGGGCAGUUUUGCAUUUUCCAAACAUUCUCUCACGUGGCCCGUUC